UUGGUUACAAGGUCCACUCUCUUGCAGAGUUUACGCGGAACUAGAUCACAUUAGUCAAAUUGAUCAGCUUAUAUAUGAACAUAAAUGUACGGAGUGGUGUGGGCUGUGCUAAUAUCGUUCGUGUAGUAUACCAGUACUCACUGGAUCCAUUUGUAUUUUGUGAAUCUGUGCCAAACUGGCGUCCAAUCGUUAAACAUGCCGGCCUACAAGGCAUGGAACUCAUCGCUUUCCAAACAAGCUGUUCUUCUAUUCUUCAUCUUGGUUGUUUUAAUAUGGACCUUAUUUUCAGUAUCAGCCAAGAGAAUAAUUCCAACAUACUCAUCCGCACAAUCGUUAAUAUCAUCACCAAAGCCUCUUCCCCGAUCAAAAUACGCGUAUGCCACAAUCCUCACUGCCGACGGCGACGCCGAAUUCCCAGAUGUUCAGGGACCAUAUCUUCGCGCCGUCCGAUUCCUCAACUAUCAACUCCUCCACAACCCGCGAACACGCGGGAAUAACACCGAUGACCGCAUCCCACUCCUCGUUUUAGUGACCUCGGAUGUCCCUCAGAGAUACUACGACAUCCUCGCCCACGACGGAGCCACUGUCAUCCCCGUACAAGCCCUCGGCCGUGACUGGAUUCAUCCCCAAUGGGAGCGAUGGAACGAUGUCCUCACGAAGCUGAACCUGUGGCGACUCGUCGAAUAUGAAAAAAUCAUGUUUCUCGACGCCGACUCGAUUAUCUUCCGUCCCAUUGACCAUAUCUUCACGGACCCGGCGACCGCGGUUCAGACAACACUGCCGUAUUCAGAACUACCGAAGAAUAGAACCAUCAGUCCAGAGGAAGUAGAAGAUGAUGAAGAAAACGAAAUUCCGCUUCCAGAUACGUAUAUGCUUGCCGGGACGCAUGAUUCCUGGGCAGAAUGGGCUCUGCAGCUAGAUCCUGGUAACGAGUUCUAUGCACGAGACAAUUAUAUGAAUGCGGGCUUCUUCGUCUGUGCGCCAUCACAAACACUCUUUAAUUACUAUAUUUCCCUUCUCGACAUACCAGGCCGGUUUGAUCCGUCAUAUCCAGAGCAGAAUCUAUUGAAUAAUGCGCAUCGUACGGAUGGCCAAAUGCCGUGGACGAGUCUGGGGUCGAUGUGGAAUGAGAAAGGGGUUGAUGAAGCUGCUUAUCAUAACGGGCUGAGGUCAAUUCAUCAUAAAUGGUGGCAUCCCACCACUGACCCGGUCGUCAGAGAAAGGAUUAAAAUUGAGAUGAAUGAGAUGAACAAAUUUUAUCGUGAGAGAGAGGUUGCAACAUGGCCGAGGAAGGUCGAACAGAGCGCCUCAAGGUGAUUUUUCUGUCAUGUCGGAUUUGUAUACAGAUGUAUAUAUUCUAUCUUGCAUUUUCUUGUGUAUAUUAUAUAGAUUUGUACCAGGCAUAUUUGCGAUAAUGCGAUGAUGAAAUAACCACAUUUUUGUCGACGAGGAUAUAGAAAAGGAGCACAAUCCUUCUCAUUGGCUGCCGCACAGAAUGAUAUAACCGGUUCCGCGCGCACGUGACCGCGCGUCGCGAGCCAACAAACCAACGACC